AUGUCUUCCGCGCGCAAUGGAAGGCAGUCUAAUUCUGCCACGAUCGAGCCUGCCGAUGCCUCUGCGUCCACUGUGCGCUUCUCCGCUCAUCAGUUGAAAGUCAUCGACACUUGCCUUCGCCCGACCGGAUUUGACUUUCGGACAUUUGCUCCAGGUCCCAUCGCCGAAACCGAAUGGGAUGCCCUAAAACUUCUUCACCUCGACUUGACUCUUCCAACAGCCGAUCCCAGCAUGACCUCGACCACGUCUCGUCUUUCCACCAUCAUCUAUGCUGCUGCUCAGUGCGUCGAAGAAUCCAAUGGCAGCGAUCGUGAUGAAGGAUUUUGGAAAAAGGUGAAGGACAUCCUGGCUGACGAUGAAACCUUUCGAGAGGGUCUCGUCUCCGACUUCAUGAAGCUAGACAAUAUUCUUUAUCGAUAUUACUCAGCAUGGGUGUCGUUCAAGGACCGGAAUCCCGGCAUGUCUCGCAGGCUCAUCCAGCAACCCUUCACUGCCAGUGCCGAGAGCAGGGCGAUUCACCAGCUGCAUCGAGCCAUGGCUGGAUACCGCGCUUGCCAGAAGGAAAUAGAUCUCCCCUACACAGAGGGUUAUGACAAGGGAAAGCGUGACGCUGAACGGAUCCACAAGACCAAGCUUCAUGAAAUGAAGGCACAGCGACUCAAGGAGGAAGCCGACAUGUUCGCACUGAACAGGACAACAAUGGAUCGAAAUCGACAGGUGGCACAAGAGAACACGCGCAUCAUUAAGGAGUGCGAAGAACUGGCCGCAGAGAUCUCUGAACUUCGGAAGCUCAACAAGGAGCUCAAUGAUCUGUAUGAGGCUUCGCAGAAGCAGAUGGCGGCCGACAGACUGGAAAGAAGCACCGGGGAGUUGCAUUACACUUUUGCUUCACAAGGACAAACCGAUCAUGAAGUCGUUGACCUGACGAUUUGA